AUGGCGCCUGUCUAUCAUGGCCAGUGGUCUUUUGACAAGGACACUUUCUGCGUGACUUCCUCCGGUGGCCAUGUUCACCCACGUGCGACGUAUUCCGAGCUGGAUGACAUUUUCUGUGCACCUUUAGGCGACAUCAGGGACAGAGCUGACCAUCAAGAUCACUGGUACGAAGCACAACUUCUCCAUUUUGGACUACCACCGACAAGAAGCAAAGCUGCAGCCAAGAUGAGGUUGAUGGAUGCCUUCCAGGAUGAAACUCUAGAUGUUCCGGAGCAAAUUCUCCGGAUAGAACAAUCACUGUCGAAGAAGUGGGCCAAACGAGACUCAGAGGCUCGUGUAAUGGGUCCUUCGAUGCGACCCUUAUUUCAUCCUAUCAUCGGGAGAGCGGCGGCAACCGACACUACCGAAUUUGGCACCACCCAGAAACCGUGGGGUAAUCAGGAGGGAAAUGCAUUUGGUACAGGCUUCGCCGGAGGAGCCAGUAUGCAAGGCAACAUGCGACCCCAACGAAACCAAAUACGACCCCAUGCUCAUUCAAAUGGAAAGAAACGUAACCACGAAGAGCUCCCGACCCGCCCUAUGAAGAAUGCCAGAUCUCGUGGUGAGACUGGUGGACCCAACUUGCAGGACCAGAUCCAGGUCAACCCGAACGGCGAGACCUUCCAUCAGAGACCGACAGUUAUUCCAGUCUCAGUUGGAAACGGACAGCCACUCCCGGCUCCAGGCAUGGAAUUCCAACAAAUUGGAUAUCAGACAGUGCCUCUAUCGCACCAGACUACAUAUGAGACAGACACACGACUAUCUUCACCCGGGCUAAUGGACAUCGACGGUCCAAGUGAUUAG